UCGAAGACUGGUGGCAGUAUUAAACCUACUGGUUGGUUUGCCAACUGCCGGUGAAGCACCAGAGAAGACGACUCUCUCGUAUAUGUAUGGUUGGGGAUGGCUCGUUUUUAAGGGACUUCUGAGCUUGUCCUCUGAUCUACGCGGAUAGCCGCUCCUGGAGACCCACAAGGACCCGAGCAGGCGCUGGGGAAACGUCCCCCAUUUUUGCAGGGGGUGUUUGAAAGUGCGCUGCUCCUUGUUAGUGAGGGAUUUAUCCAGCUGAGUUGCAUUGUCUGUGCCUUGCAUAAACCUUGUUGUCCACGCUGGGACCUGGUUUGGCUCUGGACUACAACCAUAAUUAAAGAGCGUCUAAGAUGUUGUGGAAGGCUUAGCCAGAGCUGCGUUCAGUGAGUUAGACAAAGGAAAGGCGUUAGAGGAUCUGGGAAUAACCUGCGAUUUUAUACACAAGCGAAUAAAGUUGCUGGAAGUGAUAUGUGUAGCCCGCUCGCCUAUACUAGCCUAGUCUAGCUAUCCGGCGUCGGAUAAUAACGGUUGGCGAAGGCCUCUGUAGCUAGUACAGAGCUAGGUUAGCUAUUUGGAAGCUAUAGAUUCUUUACAAAUCAUCUGAACACCAACAGACAUGGGUUUAAUUGUGGCGAAACUUUGGAGCUUUUUUUGCAAUCAAGAACACAAGGUGAUCAUUGUGGGACUUGAUAAUGCAGGGAAGACCACUAUUCUUUACCAGUUCUUGAUGAAAGAGGUUGUCCACACAUCUCCAACGAUUGGCAGCAAUGUUGAGGAGAUCGUAGUGAAGAAUACACACUUCCUAAUGUGGGACAUCGGAGGCCAGGAGAGUCUCCGCGCCUCCUGGAACACCUACUACUCCAACACUGAGUUUAUCAUUCUGGUAGUGGAUAGCACUGACAGAGAAAGGCUCGCUAUCUCUAAAGAGGAGCUGUACAGAAUGUUGGCUCAUGAGGCUCGGCCAGGGCUUGGAGUGGAUGACCUCCAGGGCAGGGCUGAGAUAGCCUCCACCUUGAUUUCCAGGACUGACUUAACAGCCUUGACCCACCAACCCUGGUGGCACCACAGCCUCACCCAGUCAGCUGUUUUUUUGUUGUUGUUGUUCACCUUUGCGAUUGAUCUCUCUGGACACCUACCUCAGCUUGGCCGCACCAGCUGAUUGGUCGAUUGGUUUGAAGGACUGCUUGGCUUUACCAAUAACCUUUCAGGAUCAUCUUAACUAUGCCUGUGAAAGGAGGGAGUAUACAGUGUCUGACGUAUUAUUAUUGUUCACAGCGAAGUGCAAACAUCUCUACGUGCUUCGGUUGCUCCUUUUUGAAAUUAGACACAAAACUUGAUUGGCUGGACAUGUUUGCCCAGUGGUAACAUUUGUUUUAUUCUUUAGGUCAUUUCUUGGGACAUGAGGUGCUGUCUGUUCUUUUUUGGGAAAACUGUGUGGGGUACCUGUACUGUGCCCACCAUCACCACUACAUAUCAUGACCAUUUCAGAGACUAUCAGCACAUGAAGCACAUAUCAUCAUGUUCAUUUCAGAGCAUGUCAGGACAUGAGUUACAUAUCAUGUAGCAUUACCUCAGUUCUCCAGUAUUACAGGAGCUGCACGGUCCAGAGGCCCUUAACUUUCACCCUGCCUGGUACUACUAGAGCACCACUACUAUGGGAACUCUAGUUUGGUUGUUCAUAGGACUUUUUCCAUUUAUUUAAGUUGGUAAUUUAAUGUAAGAGAAAACGGGAGAUAGUCACUUUUUUAUUGUCGCAUUACAUAAUGUGGGCCGGUUUUAUAGACUCAAGGGUCUUCAGUGCUUGUAUCUAUUUUGUAUUUCUUAGUGGGGAUGGUAUGGCUGUCAAGGUCAUGGAUGAACUUGAAAUUACUCAUUUACUGCCAUGUGGCUAGUUUUGUUACAUUUUAACAUUUCAGCAUUUCAGGUAUUAUUGGUUUGGGAUUUGUAACUUUUACUGCCUUAGGAGGAGAUGGAAAAACCAAGUGCUAAAAAAUGAGUGGCAGGAUUAUUUGUGGCAUUUCCUAUGUAAUUUAAAACAGUCAUAGGCGGUAAGAGUGUGUGCCUGUGUGCCUGUGUGUGUGUGUGUGUGUGUGUGUGUGUGUGUGUGUGUGUGUGUGUGUGUGAGAGAGAGUGUGAGAGAGACACAUUUGUGCUGGCCGUGCUCCACCUUCCAGCCUACUUGCGCUGGUUGCAGGCAGAUGGCCUUUGUUUACAGCGGAAGGAUAUGUGUCUUUGCAACGAUAUGCUAAGUUAAAGCAUUCGUUCCAACUCUUCAGCCUGGCACAGAAAAUGACCAUAAUUGAGGUCAGUUAGUUACCAUGGCAAUGUCAUGUGUAAAAACAAUUAUUUGAUGAAGGUAUCAGUGUUAUACACACUACUCUUCAGAAGGUCCAUGCCUCUGAGUGCAUGCGUUACUUCAUCCUGGUGAUCCACAUGCUCUCUGUUACAUCCGCCGUCUGCAGCAGAACUCGUUCACUGGGAGGCGUCACUCUCCUCUGAAUAUCAACAGUAUGUUUAUUUCCAGUAUUGUUUUAUCCCCAAAGAAGUUCCGAGUUCAGUUGACAAAAGAAUUAGCAUUAUGAAAUCAUCUUUGAACAGUAGUUUUACCUAAACCACUUUGAUUUAUACUGUACUCCAGAUCUUACUUUGAACUUCAGUCAAAAAGUUUUUUCCUCUUUGCCAAGUGAAUCUGAAAAGAUUUUUUUAGACUUGAGCCCACUUGAGAGCCAAAUGUUUGAAAGACCAGCCUAUCAUUACUAACAUAAUUAAAGCAUCUAAAUAGGUAUUUAUGUGCUGUUUUCACUUAAAUGUUUAAACAGCAAAUUGGGCUUCAACACCAAACACUACAGACCUGGAAAAAACAAAGAUUUUACCUCAUUGUUAUUAAUAGUCAUUCUGAUGUCAGGAUCUAUUUUUUUGGCAGGGGGGGGGGGGGUUCCAAGGGAUGACUGGUUAAAAUUUCCACAAAUUGUCUAAGUUCACAAAAUGUACUGUUAUAGCAAAGAUCAAUUUAUCUGCUUUCUCUGAUCCCUACAUUUAAAAGGUCUGCUCAUCCAAUAAGCUGUCGUGCCAUUUCAACAUAAGGAGAACUUUUGAGAUUCUGUACAUUUUAUAAUAAAUGCUUUUAUUUUGAA